AUGUCUUCAGCUUUCUUCCGCAUAGAAGAACACGCGGUAGAUGCAUCACACAUUCGCGGCUUCCCGCGCGCAACCUCUACAACACAAGACGAAGUAUUGAAACUCGCCGUCAAACAAUAUACGCCUCUCAACAACCCCAAUCCUACAUCCGGGGACAUAACCAUCAUCGCAGCGCACGCCAAUGGCUUUCCAAAAGAGCUUUACGAACCGCUGUGGGACGAACUUAUACAACGAGGUGAAAAGUACGGCUUCAAAAUCCGAGGAAUCUGGAUAGCCGAUGUUGUGAACCAAGGCUGGAGCAGCGUCCUGAACGAAGACAAGUUGGGCGAUGACCGUAAGCCUCUCCUUGCCCUCCGCUACAGCCAACAACAUGCUAACACUUUCUUCCCAGCCUCAUGGCUAGACCACAGCCGCGACCUCCUACACAUGGUCAACGUCUUCCGCGCUCAAAUUCCCCGCCCAAUCAUCGGCGUCGGCCACAGCAUGGGCGGUUGCCAACUCGCCAACCUCUCCCUUCUGCAUCCCCGCCUAUUCGAAACCCUUAUCCUCAUCGACCCCGUCAUCCAGCCCAAGAUGUCUAUAACCGGCAAUAUCGGCCCUGCUGCUGCCUCUGCGCGACGCCGCGAGCGCUGGCCCUCGCGCGCCGAAGCACUGAAAUCAUUCCAGAAGAGCAAAUUCUAUCAAGCCUGGGACACACGAGUUCUCCAUCGCUGGGUACAAUACGGACUGAGAGAUGUACCAACGGCCGUGUUCCCCGACGCAAAAGCACCAGAAGUCACCCUGACAACGACCAAGCACCAAGAAGUCAUGACCUUUCUACGGCCAAACUUUCCAGCCCAACCAGGCGACACUGAACCUAGCUCAGCAGAUUUCACCACCAACAACCCUAAACUCAAUAGGAGAACCCAUGCUGAUCUCACUCCUCAAGCCGAACCCCAGGCCCCCUUUUACCGGGGCGAGAGCGCGAUCGUAUUUAACCAGCUCCCCGCCAUCCGCCCAUCCGUCUUCUACAUCUUCGGCUCGGAAUCAUCGCUGACGAACCCCGCCAUCAUCGAGGAGAAAGUCGCAAUGACGGGUGUUGGCGUUGGUGGGAGUGGUGGACGCGCAGAGGGACGCGUAGAAAGUGUCACGGUGCAGGAUGCCGGUCAUUUGAUUCCCAUGGAGAAGGUGCAGGAGAGCGCGGAGCACAUUGGCACCUGGGUUCAGAAGGAGAUGGUGAGGUACCGAGAUUGGGAACGCAAGACGGAGGAAGAGUGGGGUGCGAGGAAGGGCGUGGAGAGGAGUGUGUUGAGUAAGAGAUUUGUUGACGAAAUCACCGCGUUGAUGAAGAAGCAGUCCAAGCUUUGA